AUGAUGCUUGUUCUGCCGCAAAGUUUCGGCCAGUUGGCGUUAUGGGCCGCAACUGUCAUCACAGCACCAAUUAUCUUCCUUCUUGGGUUCUACUUCUGGACCACGCCAAAUGUGCUUAAGGACCGCCGAAGACGGCAUUUGCCUCCUGGUCCAUCGGGACUCCCUUUCAUAGGCAACUUCUUUGACCUAGCAGAUGGAGAUGCCUUGCGCGAGAAGGCGUUGGACUGGACAAGACAAUAUGGAGAAAUAUUCCAUACCAAGGUUGGCGGCGCAGAUUAUAUCUGGCUGUCCUCUCCAAAGGUUGUAAAAGACCUUAUGGACAAGAGGUCAAGCAUUUAUUCCUCACGGCCACCUGCUCCACUAGCUAGUGAUGUUGCAUCUGCAGGGAGACGCCAAUUGUUUAUGCCCUAUGGCCCUCGGUAUCGAACGGUGCGGAAAAUAUCACACGCCCUUCUCAGCAUUACACAGUCAACCGCAUACCAGCCCGUUCAAAAUCUUGAGUCCAAGCAGCUUUUGUACGACCUUCUCCAUGACCCGGUCCACUUUUACGACCAUAAUAGACGGUAUUCGGCUAGUACCAUCAUCACCAUCACCUACGGACACCGCAUCGGCACCUGGGAUCACCCACUUGCAAGGAACAUUUACAAAGUGGUAAAUAAUAUGCAGAACUAUGCAAGCCCUGGAGCGUGGUUGGUGGAUACAUUUCCCUCUUUGCAGAAUUUCCCCGAGGUGUUCUUUGGAAACUGGAGAACUUUUGGAAAGAAAUGCCAUGAACAUGACGCACCGAUAUACCUGGGGUUGUGGGAAGGGCUAAAGAAGGAGAUCAGGGAGAGAACAGCAAACCAAUGCUUUUGCAAGGACUUCUAUGAGAGCGAUCCCGAGAAGUUGGGCAUCGAUACUUUGCAUGCCGCGUAUCAGUGCGGUGGGUUGGUGGAAGCCGGGUCGGAAACGACCUCGGCGUACUUGAAUUCGUUUUUGGUCUUUGCAGCUGCUCAGCCUGAGGUUGUGAGCAGAGCUCAGGAGGAAUUGGAUCGAGUUGUUGGCCCUGACCGUUAUCCAACUUGGGAGGAUGAGCCGCAGUUGCCGUAUAUCAGAGCGAUUAUUAAGGAAUUGCUCAGGAUAAGGCCGCCAAACAAGAUCGGAAUGCACCAUAGCACCAGUGAGGAUGACUGGUACGAAGGGAUGUUCAUCCCAAAGGGGUCGAUUGUCAUGCUCAACUGGUGGGCAAUCAACUAUGAUUCGAAGAGAUGGGAGUCUCCAUACGAUUCAAGCCAGAACGAUAUCUCGGCUAUGAUCUACCAGCAGCCUCGGCGGAGAGUAUGUCCCGGUGUACAUGUUGCAGAAAAAUCAAUGUACUUGAAUAUUAGUCGGAUCCUGUGGGCAUUCAACAUAACCAAGAAAACGAAAGACGGAAAUGUUGUAGAGCCGCGAAACAAAUUGGUUCCUGGGUGGAUGUGUAUUCCAGACACGUUUGAAUGCGCUAUCAAUGUACGAUCUAGCAAGCAUGCGAAGAUUAUCGAAGACCUGUGGGCUGAAGCCAAAGCCGGACUCGAUGAAGACUGA